AUGGCUAAUGGGCCUGUCAUCAUUAAAGAACGCAUAAUUCCUUGUCAACAUAUUCGGGGCUGUCCUCACUCUACAGCUCACGAACAAGAAGAGCUGCUUCAUCUUAGUGUGAAGCAAUACAUUCCACGUGACAACCACAAUGCUCAGCCCGGCGAUAUCAUCAUCAUCGGAACUCAUGCUCAGGGGUUCCUCAAGGAGCUGUACGAACCGCUUUGGGCUGACAUGCAUAGCCGAUUGAAGUCCACGAGGGUCUCUAUUCGCAGUAUAUGGAUUGCAGACGUGGCAAACCAAGGAGCUGGUGGCGUACUCAAUGAACACAGGCUGAGAAACGAGCCUUCCGCAUUCGAUCAUGCUCGGGAUCUCCUACACAUGGUUAACACAUUUCGCGAGCAAAUGGUAUGCCCUAUUGUUGGUAUUGGCCACAACGCGGGUGGCACUAUCCUCGUCAGCCUCACACUCCCCCACCCACGUUUCCUAGAUACUCUGAUCCUUAUCGACCCCACAAUUCACCGGCACGUGUUUGCGGUGGGCUACCGUACGACUGCGCUCGCUCCGGCCCGCCGCCGUGAUGCGUGGUCGUCCCGUUCCGCUGCAGCCGAGGACUUUCGCAGGAACAGGUAUUAUCGCAAAUGGGAUGAGCGUGUGUUGCAGCGGUGGCUGCAGUACGGCUUGCACAGUCUACCCACGGGUUUGUACCCGCGCCACAUCCAAAAGGCCGGAACUGAAGCUCAAGUGACGCAUGAAGACGCCUCCACUGACGCUGUCACGCUCACCACAAAGCACCAAGAAGUCUUCCCUUUCCUCCUGCCAACAUUCGAUCCACAUGCCUACCCUGGGCUCAGCGCGCAGUUAGGUGGGCCAAACAGUGUGGUGUAUGCGCAAUACACACCUGAGGCGGCACUGCCGGGGCAGCCGUUUGAGCGCGCCGAGUCCGUCGUCGCAUUCCACAUGUUGCCAUAUGUGCGGCCAUCGGUGCUGUACGUAUUCGGCAGCAAAUCUCACUACACAACGUGCGAGCCGACUGCUUACAAGGUCGAUUUAACGGGCGUGGGCAUCGGCGGGAGCGGCGGUGCAGCCAAGGGUCGGGUGGCGGAGGUGACGGUCCAGGGUGUAGGCCAUCUAAUCCCGAUGGAGGCUGUUAGCGAAACGGCGGAACUCAGUGUCAAGUGGCUAGGAGAUGAGAUGGCGGCAUGGAGAGAAAAAGAGAUCGUCGAGCGAAGUGAGUGGGCGUACAUUCCGGAUGAGCAGAAGCGGACAAUUAGUGAUGAGUAUCUUGAGGCAUUGAGAGGCGAGGCCGAAAACCGAUGCUGCACGAAUCUCGAGACUAUAUUUGUGUAG